AUGAAUAUGAACAAAGACACUCAGAAUAACCUGAAUAGAAAUGACCUGAAUAGUCCUAUAUUAACGGGUGAAAAUAAUUCAAAUGAUCAUAUGGAUAUAUUACGGAUUAUAGAACCAUUUUGUUCUUUGUUGUCUUUAUCUGAGAAGUACAUUAUUCUUUCUUUAUUAGUAUCUUAUGUCCAUGCACUUGAUCAAUUUGGCUUUAGACAUAUCCGAGGGGAAGAAUAUAAGUUACUUUUGUCUUUGUCUUAUAAUAAUGCAGAAAUGCAUCAUACCAGAAGGGUGAACUCCUUUUUACUUUCUAUUCUAUCUGGGGGAGUACUUGGGGCAGUUCUUUCUGUGUAUAUGUCACUGUCUGGAUUCUCAUUUUAA